UAUUCGUUCCAGUAAUGGUUGACAAUGCCGAUAUAGAUGGAUACGACUUUCUAUAUAAGAGUUGGUUGAACCAAGAUCUGUUGACAACUAUGUAUAUUUCAGUAAUUCUGAUAGGUGAUUCUGGUGUCGGUAAAUCAAAUUUAUUGUCGCGGUUUGCCAGGAAUAUGUUCAACAUCGAGUCAAAAUCGACAAUCGGUGUUGAGUUUUCAACGAAAACUGUUAUGAUUGACAAUAAGCGGAUAAUGGCUCAAAUUUGGGAUACUGCUGGUCAGGAACGAUUCAAAACCGUCACAUCCGCUUACUAUCGUGGAGCCCAAGGAGCUCUGAUUGUUUACGAUAUC